ACAAAGCAUCUUUAAUUAAAGGGAAGUUCAGAGCACCUUCUCUGCCUGAAACUUUCCUUUUGUCAACUGUGUAGGACUGCUGGCUUCAAAACAGAUAAUUCUAAGGGACCCACAAUGACUACAAAGCUGCCUUUGCGAGAAGAAUUUGAGACGUGGACCUCCCUACAGGUAGCUGAUCUUCUAAGACAGUCUGGGAUGCAUGACUGUGCCAGAAUAGUGGAAAAAUUAAAUAUAGAUGGAGUUCGAUUUUUGCAUUUAUCAGAAUACGAGAGACACAGAUUCAAUAUAAUGGACCAGCCGCAACUUCAAAAAAUAGUGCAUGAUAUCAAGAAAAAUGAUAGUGGAAUAAUGAGCAAGUUCAAAAAGUUCCAAAAUGAACAAGUGGCCUUAAUAUGCAAAACUGGAAAAAAUACAUGGGAUCGGUUAACAAGUAAACCACCACCAAGCAUACCACCAGUUGAUUAUGUUCCAGACCGUACAGAAGAAGAGGAACAGUGGUCAGAUGAUUUUGACAGCGAUUAUGAAAAUCCAGAUCACCACUCGGAUUCUGAGAUGUAUGUGGUCCCCACAGAAGAGAACUGUGACGACAGCUAUGAGCCUCCUCCAAGUGAACAUGAGCCAAAAACAGUCCCAAUACCAUUCACAUGUGCUCAGGGUGUCUAUGCAGAUGACAAACGAUCUAGCAAACAGAAGAUGUGGCCCUCACCUAUUCUGCCAAACCAAUCUGCAUCUCUAUCAAAGAAACCAGCCACUUUACCGCUACCGCCACCUGCUGUUCAGAAGCCUAAACUCCCACCCAAGCGAAUGGAUGAUGAGGCAGAUUAUGUUGUACCAGUUGAUGAUGAUGAAGAUAAUGAAGAUAAUUAUAUAGAACCCACAGAAGAAAGCACUUCACAACCUAUAAAACCACCCGUGGUGAACAGAUCAACCAAGCCUCCCUGUUCUGUGCCAUCACCUUCCACGCUAGAUGUAUAUGAAAUUCCUGAGGAAGAGCAGAAGUCAUCACCUCCAUUACUCAGGAUAUCCAAGCCUCUUCCUCCCAAGCCAGCUUUGAGGCCCUCUGGAGGACUUCCUCAUGAACGCAGCAUACCUAAAGAAUCCUUCACAUCCGAUACAUUUAAAUCAGACAGAAACAUUUUACCACUUCCAAGGCACCGCCCUUCACCGAAAGCUGAUCCAGAGGUCAUUGGAGCUCAAACUGAUGGAAAUAAUAGCAGCAAUAGUGCUACAGAAUUUAAACUUCCUUCUGUUAAUGUUCCAUCUCCAUUUCCCAGGAUCACAAAAAAGCAAAUGAAUCCUGCAAUACCGCCGAAACCAGGCUUACCUGAUAGAGAUCACUUAAACAUUGCUGAAGAUAAACCUAUACCUGCUGAACGCCGCCGGGGUUCCAGUCACGAUAUGCCUCUUCCACCCAUCCCUUCCAGCAUUCAAAAGCCAUUACCUCAGAAGCCACCAAUCCUGUCAAGAUCUCCAGACCCUGCGAGCCAAACUAUAUGCACUCGAAGUAAUAGCUUUCAAGCAGAACAGGAUGCUGGCGUUCUUGGUCAAGCAUGGUACAUGGCUUCUAGUGAUCGGAAAAUAGCUGAGGAGGCAUUAUAUAAAUCAAACAAGGAUGGGUCUUUCUUAGUAAGGAAGAGUUCUGGACAAGAUUCUAAGCAACCAUAUACACUGGUUGUAUUUUAUAACAGAAGAGUAUAUAACAUUCCAAUCCGAUUUAUUGAAUCUGAAAGACAAUAUGCUCUAGGUAGAGAAAAGACUGGUGAAGAGCACUUUGACAGUGUGGCAGAAAUAAUAGAGAAUCAUCAGCGGACUUCUCUCGUUCUCAUUGACAGUCAAAACAAUACAAAAGACUCCACCAGGCUAAAAUAUAUUGCUAGAGUUUUGUAACUGCACCAAGGAGCAUCAUGGAGUAUCUUCUAGCCCUUACUUUCCAAGGAUUUGAGCAUCUGAACAAACAUGCAUAACUAUUGUUAGAAGAAUUUUCUUCACAUUUUCCAUCAAGCACCAUGCUGUUACAAAGCUAGUGGAUUCGUUUAUGAAGUGCUGUUCCGGUCAGAAAAUGCCCAAAGCCUUUUUAUAUAUAAAAGACAUUACAAACUCUGAAGGCAAAAAAAAAAAUGUCAGUGGCAGACAAGCUAUAUUUAAAAUUAUACCUGCUAGCAUUUACUUGUCCUGCUAAACUUUGUAUUUUUCAAAGCUAGGGUGUCUGCAUUCCAUGUAACCAGCUAAAAGCAGGAUUUUUAUUCCUCUGACAGCCAUCUAAAAUAAUCAGAAUGUUUAUUUAGUGUAAUGGACUGGUACGUGUUUUACCUGUAUCUGUUGAAGCUAUUGUCCAAUUUUGAUUUAAGUGUACAUAUAUGGAAAUAAUUAUGUAUAAUUUAUCAAGAUGCAGUUAUGAUCCAUAAGAAUUUAUCAUUCUUGCACAGUAAAUACUUAACUAUUUCUCAGCUAUUGCUGAGAACAAAAUGUUUCAGGACUGUUAAAUACUCUGGCCACAUGAAUGUAUCAAACAAGCAUUCAGUGUUUUUUGGUGGAUGGGGGGGGGGGCAAGAUUAUUUUUUUCCACUCCAAGACUCAUCAUGAACAGUUGUGAUUUGCAUCCAGCAAGAUGUUAUUUUUGAAGCUUUUCAAACAAGAAAUGGGAACCUGAAUUUUAUGACUCCUGGGAAAUUUAAACUGGACAGUUAAGCUAUAAAACUUUGGUGCAGGUAUCAACUUGGCUUCCCGUUAAUUUUAAUAACGGUACUUGCUGCAUUCCAAAUUCUACCAUUUAUUUUUGUUGCAGUUCUUGUACAAUUGAUAAAAAAGAUUAACUGGUUUAGUAUCUCAGUCAAAUACUUAGUCUUCAAUUUGCCUCCCACCAACUCGUGCGCUCUCACAGAGGGACUCCUUAGGGUACCGUCAGCCAAGCAAUGCCGGCUGGCGGCCCUCAGGGGAAGGGCCUUCUCUGUGGGGGCCCCUACCCUAUGGAACGAGCUUCCCCCUGGACUUCACCAACUUCCGGACCUUCGGACCUUUCGCCGCGAGCUUAAGACCUAUUUAUUUAUCCGUGCGGGACUGGCAUAGAAUUUUAGUUGUUUUUAGGGUUUAAAAUUUUUAAAUUAGGUUUUGGGAUUUUAAAAGAUUUUAGAUUGGGCUAAUUUAAAUAAGUUUUUUAAUUAAUAUUUUAUUCUACUGUAUUUGAUUGUUGUUUUUAUUUUGCCUGUUCACCGCCCUGAGUCCUUCGGGAGAAGGGCGGUAUAAAAAAUUAAAAUAUUAUUAUUAUUA